AAAUUAAAUAUUCAACUCUUUUCUGCAUUUUGAGAUCUCUUCGGACUCUAGAAAAUGUAACCUCAAAAAGUUAUGAUUAAAACGGCGAGAUCCACUUUUCCAAAAAAUAAAUCGAAAUAUACAGGGUGAUCCAAAAAAACUUAUCGCCUGUGUAGGCAUUUAUUGACUUUCUUGUGUACAAAUAUAAUUGAACUUUUUAUCAUUAGUUUAUUCAAAUAGAGCAAAGAUUUCUGGACAAAAUGAGACGUCUCCGAGCUCUCGAAGAGCUUUCCUCAUGAAAUAGCAUUCCAUUUACGGAAGGUUUCAUACCACCAAAAUCGGGACAAUUAAUGGGCAAGCAAGAAAAAUAUGCUCUUGGGACCUUCCGUAAAUUCAUCACCCUGUGGCUAGCAGCGUUUUAAUCAUAACUUUUUGAGGAUAGAUUUUCUAGAGUCCCAAGAGAUCUCAAAAUGCAGAAAAGAGUUGAAAAUUUAAUUUAAGACGUUUCCGAGCUUCUACGAUUUUUCGUUGCGAAGAUUUUAUAGGGACUCCCGUCACGGGAUCCUGCCGGGACUCUCGCGGAACAUUUUUCAAUUUUGUUUAGAUUUUUCGGGAUUUUACUGGGACUCUCGCGGGAGUUUAUCAAAAAGUCCCACGGGACUCCCGACGAGACCCCGUGACGAGUCCCGUGGGACUCUCGCGGGACUUUUUUCCGGGACUUUGGCCGGCAGUCUCGACUAGGGAUUUCAUGAUCAAUAUAUCAAAAACAUACUUGGUAAUUACACUUGAUUAUAUAAUAGUUAACAAUGCGUUGUUGGUUCAUUUUUAAGAUAAUUAUCUUCGGGUAUAUAAUAUUUCACUUGGAUUAAACUAUAAGAGGCAGUAGUAUUGGAGGAUCAUUUCCCUAACUGAUUGGAUACGAAAAGUCCAAUAACUUUUUAGAGAAAAAGCAAAAAGAAUAUCGUAGUAAUAUAAUAUAAUAAUAAUUUAUGUGUAAAUGACGAUUAUAUGGAUUAUAUUUCUUUAGUAUAUAUUUGAAAUAUAAAGUAUGAAAACAUUGACACUUUAUAGAUUAUAUGCAUAUGAAUGCCUAGAAUAAAUAUCUUGUAAUUUGUUUUUUUCUUAAAUACUAUUGCCACACUAAACACGAGCACUUCAGCAACGAUUCUCAUAGACUUGAUUUCACUAUAUUUUUAAAAUUGAUAUACUUGGAAAUAGUAACAUGUUUCUGUUUUUGUUUCAGAUUAAAUUUGUUUAUUUUGUUUUUAAUGUCAUUAUCUAUCAGUAAACGUCUCGUUGAUAGUUUCCAUCGUAUUCAUAAUUAUUUACGAAUAUCUCUCACUGAACGAUGUAAUUUACGUUGUGCUUACUGUAUGCCUGAGCAAGGUGUUGAUUUAUCACCAAAUAAUAAUAUAUUAAAAACCGAUGAAAUUUAUCGUCUAGUUAAAAUAUUUACGUCCUAUGGAAAAAUAAACAAAGUGAGACUUACAGGAGGAGAACCAACAUUGCGAAAAGAUUUAGUUGAUAUUGUUCGUUUAAUUAAAAGUUGUGAUGAAAUAAAGACAAUUGGUAUAACAACAAAUGGUGUUUUAUUAAAUCGUUAUUUAAAACAACUACAUCAGGCCGGUCUCAACUCACUGAACAUUAGUCUGGAUACAUUAGUUAAAGAAAAAUUUGAGUUUCUAACCCGACGUUUAGCGUUCACACGAGUCAUUGUAAACAUUCGCGAAGCACUUGACAGUAAUUAUUUUCCCUUGAUUAAAAUCAAUUGUGUUGUAAUGAACAAGUUUAAUUGUGAUGAGUUAUGUGAUUUUAUUGAGUUAACUCGUAAUCAAUCAACAUUAGCCAUUCGAUUCAUUGAAUAUAUGCCAUUUGAUGACAAUAAAUGGUCGGAUAAAAAAUAUUUUCCCUAUCAAGAAAUGUUAAAAUUAAUAAAACAACAUUAUUCAUCAACAGAUGUUGAACAAAUCGUAUCAGAUGAUAAACAUGAUACAACAAAAUGGUAUAGAAUAAAAAAUUAUCAAGGACGUUUUGGUUUUAUUAGUUCAAUGAGUGAACAUUUUUGUUCGACAUGUAAUCGUGUAAGAUUAACAGCCGAUGGUCAAUUAAAAGUGUGUUUAUUUGAUAAUAAGGAAGUAUCACUGCGAGAUCCAAUGCGAAUGGGCUACUCAGAUGAACAAAUUUAUGAGAUUAUUCAACAAACUUUAUAUAAGAAAGAAAAAGAACAUUUACCAAUUGAUGUAUUAGAUAAAAGGAUUGUAUACAAUUAUCAUUUGUUUCAGAUGCCAUCAUUUCAUUUGAAUCAAAUUCUUGUCAUCAUCUAUAACAUUCUUAUUUAUACACAAUUAUUGAUCAAUGUAUCUGAAUCUGGCGAACAAUGCAAUGAUACUCGUACGACAUAUACCGACUGUGACGCUGACAAUAAACUAAGAUGGAUUAUUGUUGUACCGCGAGAAAAAGAGUCAUGUCUAAACAAAGAAUUGCCACAACCAAAAUCUAUACUAUGCGAUACGAACUGUUUAUCGGGUACAUAUAUGGAUAUUAACAAAAAAAAUUGUACAGAAUGUCCCAGUGGAACCUUUUCAAUCGGUGGUGGUGUUCGUUAUACAUUUGAUCAAAAUUUAACUUUACCAUCAGCUUUUACUAUAAAUUCUUAUUCGUUUAAAGAUAGUACAAUAUCUGAAACACCUUUUACUGCUGAUGAUGAUGAUGAUGAAGAAAAUAAUGAUUGUGAAUCAGCAAAAUGGACAAUAACUGGCAAUGUUAUUCGAUCAGAUCUUCGUCGUAAUUGUGUUGUCCAAUUAAUGCUAAAAAUAACAUUAAUACAUCGAGGUUAUAUUGAGUUUCUUUACAAUAAUGUUGGCGAGAGUUUGGCUUUUUUAAAAAUUGACUCACAGUGCGGUGAUAAAAAACAAAAAAAAAGUAUGCCGAAAUAUGUUUUUAAAUCAACAGGACAAGGUGUAUGGAAAUCGAAAAGGAUACAAUUAGAAAAAGAGGGUCAAUAUCAAUUUUCAUUUUAUGUCUUAGAUAUUAUGGAUAAUCAUUUUCCAGUAUCAAUAAAAUCAAUUGAAGUCCAGGGUGUUUCUUCUCUUCCAGAAUGUCAGCCAUGUCCAGCAGGAACUUAUUCAAAUAAAAUUGGUGUUUCAAAUUGCUCAGUAUGUUUAAGAAAUACCUAUUCCACAAGAGGUUCAACAGAAUGUACUCCAUGUAAUGAAAAUCAAUUUUCUGAAUGCCAAGCAUGUAAUUCGAAUUUAUCAUUGACAACUGGUCUUUAUUAUAAUCAAUGGCAUGUUAUGCCACCCUAUUUGGAUCGAUUAUGUUUCGAGUUAGAAGGAACUGAAGGUACUACGUGUUUUGGAAAUCAAAGUUGGACUUUAGAAAUGGAUUAUCUAACUUCAAUAGUAAAUAAUAAUAUCUACAGUGUACUUGAACUACCAAUUGAAAACGGUUUUAAAGACACAUCUAUGAGCAAUGAUUAUGGUACAUUAUAUUUUAAAUUUUCAAUGAAAUGUUUGCUGCCAUGUGAAUUGUUUUUAGCAACUUCGGAUGCGAAUAGGCAACGACUUGAUAUAAUUAAAAAAUGGUCAUCUAAAAAGGAUACUAGUGACCAUAAUAACAUAAUAGAAUAUCGGUAUACCGUCCAUGAGUCAAUACCAGUAUUAUUCACAUGGAUAUUUGGUCGAAAAUCUCCAUAUUCUGAAAUUAGUAUCGAUACAAGUAGUAUUGAAAUUCGAAUAUAUGAAAUACAUGUACGAAAUACAAUUGAUGGAGGAGCUGACAGUUGUGUUACAUGUCAAAUAAUUGAUGAUAAACAUCCAGGAUGUAGAGUAUGUCAACCUGGCUUCAUUAUUUCAAAUGGUACAUGUUUACGUUGUGAGAAUAACACAAUCGUCAGUCAAAAUAGAACAUCGGAUAAAAAAAAUGAUAAUCAACAGCAAUAUUGCGCUAAAUGUCCACGUAAUACCGUUUCAUAUGACGGUGUUACAUGCAUAAUUGAUUGUAAACAAACGUUUGAAACACAAUUUAAUUAUGAUUUAACUCGAAUAUCGAGUGUUGAAUUUCAAAGUUCAAAAGUAUUCUCGCAAGAAGGCUUUCCUUAUUCUCAUAUUUUUAAUGCUAGUAUUUGUGGUUCUGGUAUCAUUAGAUGUGUAGUAAACGAUACUCUUGAAGUAAAAAGAAAUCGUUUAGCUGUUGAAUCACGAUUAUGUCGUACAUUAAUUGCACCAGAAGAUAAUGUAACAAUGGCUCGUAGUGUUGAUGAUUUUGGUGAAGAACUCGUUAAUGUUAGUCUAUGGAGUGAUUUAAAAAGUUUUCCACAUUUGAAAACAGAUUAUAAUAUAUCAGAUGUAACACUUGUUUUUCGUGCUUCAUCAUUAAGAUCAGCAUGCAAUGAACGAAUUACAUUUUUAUCAUUACGAUGUGAUGAUCAAAUAGAAAAUGCAACAAGAUAUAAAGUUCAAUAUCCAAUAGAUUCAUCGUUAAAUUGUGUUUCUGGUACAUGUGAUGGUUGUACAUUUCGUUUUCUUUUACGUACAAUAGAUGCAUGUCCCAUAUGUGAAGAAUCAACUGGAUAUGAAAUAUUUAGAGGUGAAUGUCAUAUGGGAAAACAACAAAUUAGAAAAAUACCAAACAGUUAUUGUAUACGAAGACUGAGGGAACAUUCUGAAAUUCAAAAAUGUUCAUUAUUAACAAUUGAAAUAGAAAUUGUUAUUCUUAUUAGUUUUAUUACUGCAAUUAUAUUAUGUAUAUUAUUAGUGUAUUGUUGGAAAAAAAAUAAAACCUUACAAUAUCGAUAUAUGCAAUUGAUUGAGAAUGUAAAUCCGGAUGAUGAUGCUCCAGUUGAUAAUGUUUGUGGUACCGGUUUAGAUGAUGAAGACGAUGAUGAAGAAAUUGAUAUGAAAAAACAAUCAAAAGCAAAAAAAUUCAUGAACGUCGUCAAAAAAGCAUUAAAAAAAGAUAAUAAUCAACCACGUGAGAAUUUUUUAUUAACAAGUGAAGCAUAA